AUGCUUUACUAUCUCAUCCCUUCAUUCUUUCAAUUAUUAUUACUGAUAAAGGUGGCCGUACCGAAAACAUCCGUUUUAUUUGAUUUUCGAUAUAAUUUAUUUAUUCUUGAAUAUAAUAGGUACUUAAACCCCGAGAAAAAGUUUUUAAACUUCAUACCGGAUUUUGUUACUAUUCGUGAACCGCCGUGCGAUGUGAAUCUCGGUACAAUUGAACCAAUUAAUUAUCCAGCUAACUAUAUGAUUGACGAACGGUCUCCGGUUAUCGAUGUGGAAAUCAACAUUAAAUUACAACGAUUUUUCACCACAAACUCAAACACCAAUUACACAGGUUAUGGAAAAGUUGUUUAUGGAUGCACAUUGGUUAUUGCAGAAAAACAAGCAACCGCAGCCACAAAAUUGAUGGAUUAUUACAAUAAUCAAAAACAAUGCUUAGCAGGUUAUGGGGAAGAUAUCGAUUUUGAACAAAUAAAAAUGGUUGAAUUAUAUCUGGAUACGCCUUCACAAAAAGAUACAGUUAGUGCUGCUAACCCUUCAAAAAUGGUAUUAUUAACACCUGGAAAAAUCGUGGCAUCGUCGUACUUGACUGGUGUCAAAAGAAUCAAGGCUGUCACAGUAAAGGAUGCGUCUUUUAAACUGCAGCAAGCCGGUUUUGGUAAAGUUUUUGAAACAGGAAAUCCACAUGGAUCAGCGUCACUCUAUUUCCAUAAGGAUACUGUUGAUACUGCUCAACCUAGUGAAAUUAGCAAACUAGAAACUCGUCUUCGACCACUGCAAGUGCCACUCAAAGCGUAUGUCGAUAGCUUAAAAAUGGAGAAUAUCGUUUUUGAAGCGUCGAGAAAGCGUCCAUCACAAACAACAACGGAAAAAGGGUCUAAAUCACCAACUCUGGUCAUUCUGGAAGAAGAAGAGGGUGAACACGAACGAAUAGUGACUGCUAGCGGACAAGAAGUUGUGACAAAAAAAGCAAGAAAGACAACGAAAUAA